CCUUACGAGCCAAUUGUACACGGAACUCUUGAGAUCAACCAAUCUGAACCUUUGGAUAUGUUGGUAAUACGAAUUAUAGAAGAUUUAAUACAAAUUGUAAAAGACUUUUUUACCAUAGUUAUCAACGGAAGUAAUGGAUUUGGACAUCCAGAUUAUAAUGGAAAAACCACUCCUUCAAGUGUUUAUAUUAAUCGAAUUAUUAAUAAUGUAUCACUUCCUCCAACCUUUUCACCAGUAACAUCAAAUUCAAAAAUAUAUAAUUCAGUUGAAUGGAAAAAUUUAAAUCAAACAUUGUUAAAUUCAAAAAGACAACAAAAAAUUAACCAAGACUGGGCAGAUGUUUAUAAUACUGAAAUAAAUAAAUUGAUCAAAGAAUCUAUUCCUGAUGGAUGUACCACAGAAAUAUCACGUUGGAGGAAGGCUUUCAAUGUGGUUGUGCUUGUAAUAGAAAAUGAAAAGAUUUGUUUUGAAGAUUAUCUUAAAGAAAUAAGAGAUUUGAACUUUACAUUUAAUUAUCUUCAAGAG